GUUCGUAGAAGCAGAGGAUUUUAACAUUCAUCACAGUACCAAGUUUUGUGUUGGCGGAAACGAGAUUUUAAUAAUAAUAUCAUAACAAAGAAGAAUAUAUCUUGGCAAACAAAGCAGUACUAGAUAACAAGAAUCAUCCUAGGAUUUUAAAUUUGUAUAGAAGAUUAAUUUGUUCCCUGAGAAAAUAUGACUACACAGGAACUUCGAAAGAGGAAGAACAUUCCCGACCUUGAUACGAGUAGUCCUUCAUCAACUUUGACUACAAGUGUGAGUGCAGAUAAUUUGCCUAGUGGAGAAAAAACACCAAAGGAAGAAUUUAUUGAUGCCUUUUACAAACCACACACUAUUACUAUUCUUGUGGCUUCAUUUGCUGUAAUGUUUUAUUACUCUUUCAUUCGUCAUGAUGCUAUAAGUACGGAACAAAAUGUAAAGAGAGGAAUAAUGGGAAUGGUUGGAUUAUUCUUGGUUUAUUGUGUUGUUCAAUUACGUGAUAGUAUACUUAUGAGACCUCAUCCAGCUUUUUGGAGGCUUAUCACUGGUAUCGGAAUUGUUUAUCUUCUCUUUUUAGUGUUCUUAAUGUUCCAAACUAAAGAUGAUGCCAGACAAUUCAUGAAAUAUUUGGAUCCAUCAUUGGGUCAACCACUUCCAGAAAGAGACUAUGCAAAUAGUUGUGCCAUUUACACUCCUGAUGAUCCAAUAUCUUAUUUCAAGAAUGUUUAUGAUACUGUUUAUGAUGAAUUCAUUUUAGCUCACAUUCUAGGAUAUAUUGCUAAGGCUUUGCUUUUCCGUGAUUUGAAGCUUUGUUGGUGUCUUUCCUUGUUCUUUGAAAUUAUGGAAAUUACCUUCCAACACUGGUUGCCAAACUUUAAAGAAUGUUGGUGGGAUCACAUUGUCCUCGAUGUUUUGAUUUGUAAUAAUCUUGGUAUUAUUAUCGGAUUGUGGAUUUGUGAUUAUUUAAAGAUGAGAAAAUAUCCAUUGUGGAUUGGUGUCACCAAGAUUGAUACUACAUCUGGAAAAAUCAAGAGAAUUGUUCAACAAUUCACCCCAUUCAACUGGACAUCCUAUAACUGGCAUAUCUUUGAUGAUGCUAAACACUUUUUAUACUUUUGUCUGAUUAUUUUGGCCAUGAACAUUGUUGACCUUAAUGCCUUCUUCCUCAAGUAUGUCCUCUGGGUUCCACCACCAAACAAGCUUAACAUUUACCGUCUCUUGAUUUGGUUCUGUCUUGGUAUGCCUGCCAUUAGGGAAUAUUACCAAUUUAUCAGUGAUCCAAACACUAAGAGAAUUGGUGCCAACACAUGGAUUGCUAUUGGUAUCAUCUUUACUGAAAUUUUAGUUUACUUCAAAUUCAGUGAAGGUUACUAUUUGAUUCCAUUCCCACCUCACAUUUGGGUCAAUUGGCUUCUUUUCUUCUUCUUCUUCGUUCCAUGGUUUAUUUCAUUCUUCUUCCUCACUGAUAGAAGUAUCAGAAAGAAGUAUCCAGUGUUAAAGUUUGUAUUGAAUGCUACUUUAACAUUGUCUAUCAUUCCUUUGAUUUUCAUGUUCUUGUCUGGUUGCCCAGAUCUCCAAUAUGGUAGAGAAUGGUUUGAUUCCUCCAUUGAAAAUCUCCUCGUUUCUAAUGGUUUCUCCACCAAUACCACCGUCUUUGCUUCUUUCCAUUAAAAUCCCUCACUGCGCGCACAAUAAAUUAUUUAUUCAAGU